AUGCGCGCGAGGAUAUUGAGAGCGAAAACACAAUCCACUGUAGCCUCAACAUACACCUUGUCCCAUGUGCCACUGCCGCCGCGCACGACUACAGUCCUCAUUUUGUGCACGAGCCGGACGCUUAGACUGAACUACGACGUCAACCUCACCGGGAACACUUUCUUCUCCCAAAAUGAACCCGCACGGCGACAUUUAACAACCUCCGCACAGCAGACCGUCUUAUUAGAAGCCACCGCUGCGGGUGGAGUUCAUAGCCUGUCUGCCUGGUGGGGAGUGCGGGCUGGAUUGCCGGCGCAGCCCUAA